AUGCACCAUGAGCGCAUGCUAACGCAGGUGUUCCACAGGAGACGUACUGAGCAGAGUCAGGGAGGAGAUGGAUCAGAGGCCAGCAGCAGGGACAAGGAUGUAGGGUCUUUACAGACAGGACCACAGUAUGGAAGGCGAAUGAUGACUGGUUACCUGUCUUCAAAAGGAAUCCAAGCAUCUGAGGGACGUGUUGGUAGUGUCUUGAGACAAGUUAACCAACCAUAUCAUGCUGAUCGUUGUCUGAGAUUGAGGAACCUGAAUCCAGUGCCGUACAGUGCUGAAUACAUGGGUCACAAACUGCACUUGGAUCAAAAUGAAAAGCUGGUGAUGUUUGGGGUGACACAUGUCCUCGCUGUAGAUGGUUUCUCCAGCAAAAUUGUCAGCCAUUCAACAAUGCCUGUCAAAAACAACCUGACAAUAUAUCAAGAGGUGUUCAGAAAUGCGGUCCUGCAGUACGGCAUGUGGGACCAGAUCCGUGUAGACCACGGAAAAGAGUUCUACUUGACCCUCUUCAUGCAGGAGAAACUGGCAAGCCACAGAAAUAACACAGUGAGGCAGCCAUAUUUGCAAACGGCGUCAACACAGAAUCAUAUUGUUGAAAGGAUGUGGGCAGAAGUCAACAACAGAGUGAACUACCCACUGAAAACGGCUCUCCUCCAGCUCGUAGACCAGGAGGAACUUGACAUGGAGGACAACGUGACACGAUACUGUGUCUCCACACUCACAUGUCAGGUAGCAGAGCUUGGACUUGGUCGGAUGGUGCAGUCCUGGAAUGCACACAGGAUCCAAGGAAAAGGUUUUCCAAAUCAACUGGCUCUGGGUGGAUGCCCAAAGAAACUGCCGGCAGAUUGUUUGCCAGAGGCUGCAGAAGCUGCACAAGCUUACCGCCAGGAAGUGGGGUCAUCGCUGACGCAAGUCUCCCUUUUUGGGAGAAACCCAUUCUCCACAGCUGAACAACAAACAGCAGCUGAAAAUGAAUUUGCACAGCAAUACUUGGACAUUUCUGUGCUCUACGACAAUGCUGUGAACAACAAUCCGACCAGUUAUCAAAGCGGGAUCAAGGACCUCAUCAACAUUGUAAAGAGAUAUGUGUAGAGAGAUCUGAAACGUCACCAACAUUUUUGUAACAUAAUGUUCUUCAUAUAUUUUUCUUUUUUCUGACUUUGUUUUUGUUAUUCUUGUAUUAAAGACUGUUGUUUUUUCA